CCAUCAAGGUUGUGUUGUAUUUUAGGUCUUCUCUUUCUAUUCCUUAUCCCUUUAUAAAUGCUGCACUACCUGCCUGUUUAAACCAUUCUAAUUCUUCCCAAUUUCUUCCCUGUCUCUUUUUUUUUCCUUUUUCUUCUUUUUGUUGUCUGUUCCUUUUCCCCAGAAAUUGGGUAACCACCGUACGUAACAAAGCUUCAAUCUUGAUGGCUUCGUAUGAACAAGAAGGAAGGCCACUACCCAAGUUCGGGGAAUGGGAUGUUAAUGAUCCUGCCUCAGCUGAAGGAUUCACUGUUAUAUUCAACAAGGCCAGAGAUGAUAAAAAAACUGGAGCAGGAUCCGUACGUGUUCAAUCCCAGCGAAGAAAUAAUUCGCGCAAGGAAGAGGAUAAAUCUGCCAAGGUACGUAUGAAUAACACGAGUUAUGCUAUCUGGUGCCAGAAACAACAUAACCAUAAAUUUCCCACCAGCACAUGUGCAUAUGAUUUAUUGCUUAUUUGAAAGCUAAAAACAGAUAAAAUCAUUGUCUAUAAUGAAGUUGAAUAGCUAAUACUAUACAUACAUAUAUAUAAAUGGUUUAGGCUCAGAAGAAGUGGUUUUGCUUUAAACCCUAAACGAGGAUAAGAAUGUGUUUGUCGCUGCUUGGGACGUAUGUUGAUUCUCUUCAGUUUUCUUCUGAGGCCUCAUCUGUCUCCAGACCAGGGAUUAGAGAUAAAAGAAAAAGAAAAGACAUAGUUGCAGUCUGCUCACUAUUGUAGCUUCUAGUUGUUCACAUGUUUCCCCUUUGUACGCACCGGAACAAAGUAUAAUAUGUAAAUAUAAGGAUAAAAAACUACCUUUUGCAAUGACAAAUUAAGCAGAUAUGUCUGCUCUUGUUACUUU